AUGGCCAGGCAGCCAUCUCUGCAGCAGGUCAUCGGUGUGCUGCGGCGGGCAGACCCGGCUCUUGGCAACUUAGCCGAGACUGUGUCGCAGGUUUGGGAUCUGCUGCAGACGGAGCUCGAAGAGCGGCGCGCGCUGGACAGCUCUCAGGCCGAGAAGAUCGGCCAAAGUGGAACACUUCUCCUGCACCUCUUCGCCCUUGGCCGUUUGAAGUGCCUCCAGGGUGCCGGCUUCGAGCUCCCUGCCGAGGAGGUGCCACUGGUCUCUGACAGGCAGCGGCUCGCUGAGGCUCUGCGCUUCACGCGCCUGGCCGUGGCGUCCUACGGGGCCAACUUGCUGGCCUUGGUGGGGCUGCUCCAGUGGCGGGACGCCUGGCCCACCGACGGCGCGAAGCGUGACAAGGUCGCGGCCACGAAAUAUCUGCAGAUUGAGCCGGAACACGUGCUUGCCUGUGGCACCUUGAGCAGGGAGGCCCAGGAGACCAAAGCCCCAGACCGCUUCAAGCCGUGGUGGAUACUGCUUGAGGAUGACGGCGAACUAAUUCUGUCCAUCCGAGGCUCUGCGAAUGCGGCUGACAUUGCAACCGACCUGGCUUGCAGCAACUGUGAGUUUCUGCACGGCUUUGCCCAUGAAGGAAUGGCUGGAGCAGUGCUUUCUGUGUGGGAGGAAGCACAGCCUCAGGUCAUGAAAGCAAUUGGUGCCCAUGACUAUAAGCGCUUUGUGGUGUGUGGGCACUCUCUGGGUGGAGCCGUGAGCUUGCUGCUGGGGAUGAAGCUCAGAGCGGAGUCCACGCUGCCGCUGGAAGUGAGGGCCUUUGCCGCCGGGCCACCUCCGGCUUUCCAAGGCGAGGUCCGAGAGGACCUAGAGGAAGGGCUCAUGUCGGUGAUCAACCGCUGUGACCCGGUCCCACACCUUUCGCUGGACGCCGCUCUUCGCAUGGUCUUGGCCGCAGAGAACUUGGCCGAAGCCGGCCUCUCCUGGCAACAGACGCUGUCUCUGGUGAUCGGCGGCAGCGACGUGUCGAACCCCAUCUUCGACGACUUGUUGCCUGAUCACCUGGAUGUCGGCAUGGCCCCGUUGCGGAUACCUGGACAGGCGAUGUGGCUGGUGGAUGCUGUGGCAGGGCGCCAAGUGCUCGCCGUCGACUUGGCUGAACGGCUGGAUGACUUUACACGUGAGCUCCCGGAGAUCUCUGUGGCACAGUCUGCCCUUGAUCAUGUCAUGUCCACCUAUGUUUACAACAUGGACAAAGCCUACAAGAGGCUUGAGUCCUAG